AUGAGAUCCUUCAGCGACUCGAUAUCCCGCUGGACAGCGGCCCUCACCCUUCUGUGGCUAGGCCUGGUCAAUGCUCACACCGUCAUCACUUACCCCGGAUAUCGAGGUAACAACCUGCACACCAACGGUACAGUCGAAGAGACCAACGGUCUGGGUGUCGCUUGGAAGAACGGCUCCUACGUCUAUCCCUAUGGAAUGCAAUGGAUCUAUCCUUGCGGCGGCAUGGCCACCUCUCGCAAUCGCACGAAAUGGCCCGUCACCGGCGGUGCUGUCGCCCUUCAACCUGCCUGGUUCCGCGGCCAUGAGACGGCCUUCGUCUACAUCAACAUCGGCUGGGGUACUGUCCCUCCCAACAUGAGUAACCCCAUGCUCUCGGUCUUUGAAAUCGAAGGUCCCACCAACAACCCUUACCCCGGCACCAUCUGUAUGCCGCAAGUGCCGCUGCCGGCCAAUAUGAGUGUGAGCCCGGGUGAUAAUGCGACGAUUCAGGUGGUGUUGGCGGCGAAGCACGGUGCUGCUCUUUAUGAUUGUGUGGACAUCACCUUCGCUGAACCUGAGGAUGUUGAGGAAGUGACAAAAGACAACUGCUUCAACUCAACCGACAUUGCCUUCAAGUAUGUCUUUGCCUCGAAGUCACUGACGACUUCUGGUGCACUGGCGCGGCUGAGUAGUCCCGGGUUGAACGCCGUGGUACCGGUGCUGGUGAUGGUGUUGUUUGGACUGUUCAUGAUGUGA